AUGUCCCUGAUAGACCACCACUGGUCAUGGAUGUAUUCCAUGCCACUGGUGCGGUGCCUUGCGCAUGCGCUGCAAAUGACUCCCGCUCGAAUCCUCCGUCUCGCUUUUAUGACGUCAUCAAAAGUGGACGAGACGUCUCGCGUGGAUGAAGAAACUUGUGCUAAAAAUAUGCCGAAAGCCAACCGUAAAGGUGUUAAGACUCGUGCCACCAGUGAGGAGAUGGGGUCAGAGACGGCGGACAGUGAAGCAAACAGUGUUUCAAUGGCUCCAACUGCAAUGUUAGUAGAAAAAAGAAGGUCACAGGAAAUUAAAAUACUGGAAAUGAAGGUGGGAUACCAAACUGAAAAAAUUGAAGAGCUUACUAAAGAACGAGACUUUCUGAAAGACCAGUUAGCAUCAGUUCUUAAAAAGGACACCAGCUCUAAAAGGGACACCAGCUCUAAAAAGGACUCUGAAGAUACCAUAAGCCUUUCCUCUGACGCAGCAUCAGAUUCAGAGUCAUCUGAGUAUUGCUCCUCACUGCUGUCAUCAGAUGAGGAGGACCAGAAGAAGAAGAAAAGGAAGAGGACUAAAACCAAGGUGAAGAAGGAAAAUAAGUCAAAGAAGACUGAGGAGAAAGACUGUCUGAGAGCUCAGACCCCAAACCAGGUGGUGUCCCGGUACCAACGUCUGCUCAAGCUGUUCAGGAGAAGUGGGACAAUGGCUGGAGCAUUUAAGCGCUAUGGAGUCGACCGCAACACCAUCGUGGUAACAGCUCCCAUCGCAGAGCUGUCCAUAGCUGCACCCAACAAAUAUAGGGAAGUCCUAAAAACCUACAAUAGUCAGGUUAAGCUCUGUGUGUUUGCAGCACAAUGUGCAUUUGCAAUCACAGAGGAUGCAGAGAUAGAACAGCUAGUUAAAGACUACAAGACUAAUGGGAAGCUACUGCCAUUUAAAACAAAGUAAUGAAAGAUUAUAAUAGUUUACAGUUCAUUGAUUUCAGUUCUGUUUACAAGAAUUUGCACUAAUGGGAUAUUGUUACCUCAAGAAAGUACUGUAUGUCAGACUUAUGUUAAGUAUACACUGAAAAUAUAUUUUUGUUGGGUUAAUGAUAAUGUUGUUAAGCU